GCCUUUGUCAAUAAAAGAAUCUCUAAGCAAGAAAACAUUUUAAUACAUCCUCUGGAAAACGCUAAUAUUUAUAAUCGAGUUGUAUGCAUUAAGAAGAGCAAAGUACUCAAUAGAAGACUUGAUCAAUGUAGUAACAAAAAUUAAAUACAUUUAAAAUGAAAAUUCUUUGUGAAACAAUGCUACAUGAUCGGCAUACUCAACGUAAUCGGUCACCUCGUUAUGUUAAAUCAACUCUUGCUGUGGGUUAUAACAAUUCUACAAAAGAUUCAGAUGGAAAUAGUACAAGACAUUUGGAAAUCAUGCACUUCACGCCACAAAAUAAAGUGGGAGAACGUUUUAAAGUUACCAAUAACAUUGAGAAAAUAUUCUCCAAGUUUUUGCGUGACGGCAAAGUUACCAUUGGCUUCAAAGAACCUCCUGUAAAUCUUAUGAUCAAUUGUGACCCCAUUCAGCUAAAAGGUUUCCUACAAACUAUCAAGCUGGGCUUGGAGGGUAAAGAUUCGAUAAAUUUAAGACUGAACAUAGCGGCCGCUACGGCCAUACCACAACGAUCACAGCCACAAGAGAAAAUGACAGUACUGCGUCGAGGGGAUUAUCCAAGAAAAGGAUUUCCACGCACAUUAAAAUCUUUGAAAAUUUCAAAUAUACAACUAAUCAAAGUAACUUUCGACAUUUGCUCGUUACGUAAUUUAACUGUGCUCGAUUUAAGUGAUAAUCAAAUAUCCAAAGUGCCCCGUGAGAUGGGUCGUCUACCGCUUGUGUCCUUCACAAUCAACAACAACCAAUUAGGCACAGCCAACGAUUGGGAGUGGUUGCGCGGCAAGCAAAUACGUAAAACAUUGCGAGAAUUAGAUUUAUCUGCAAAUGAAUUAAACUACUUUCCACGUGAACUCAUACACCUCGAGCAGAUGGUUGGACUGAAGCUGAGUAAUAACAAAAUAAGAAGAGUACCUUUCGGAUUUCGAAGAUUACGUAAUUUACGCAAUUUAUACCUUGCCUCGAAUUUACUUACUUCUCUGCCAUCAGAUUUCAAUACAAUGCGUAUUGUUGUAUUAGAUGUGUGGGGUAAUAAAUUCGGUAUGAAAACAGAACAUAUAGUAAAUUUGGAGAACAGUGUUCAUAGUACACCACCGUUGUGGCUUUUAGCAGCUCGUGCUGUUUGUGCUUAUAAACUAAGUUAUUCAGCUAGCACAAUACCCUGGUUAUUGCUGGAUAUUCUUGCUGAAUCUCCUCUGUGUGCCUGUGGAAAGUUGUGCUAUGACACUAUCAUAUAUGAGCGUGCUGUCAUGGCUACUCUAGAUAAUAUAAAGACAUUAGUGAGUAGUAGAGAACACUUAAUUUAUGCCGAUGUAGUAUUAUGUGGCGCAGGUUGUGGAGGACGAAAACAAAUUUCAAACGAUCAUCCUUAGCAAAGCCAAACGCAUUGUUUGUAAACCCUUAACGUGGGUCAUCACAUCAAGGCAUUAGAAUUUAGAUUUUAUACAUACAAAAUAUAUUAAUUGUACUUUUGUUAAAUUUUGCAAAACAUUCUUAUGUUUACGACUAAUUUGUAAUAACACAUAAAAUAAUUAAAUGUUGCUUAUAGGCUUCUGGCUUUCGGAUAUAA